AUGUUUCGAAAAAUUGCUGUUGGGAUGUCGGGCGGAGUAGACAGCGCCGUGGCUGCAUACCUCCUUAAAAGAGCUAAUUACCAAGUCGAAGGAGUUUUUAUGAGAAACUGGGAUAGUAACUAUGAAGCUGGUUUUUGUUCAGACGAAAAAGAUUUCGAAGACGCGUCAUUCGUUUGCCGUAAGCUUAAUAUUCCACUUCACAGAGUACAUUUCAUAAAGGAAUAUUGGAACGAAGUUUUCACCGUUCUGCUGAAAGAAUACGAAUCAGGAUUGACUCCUAAUCCAGAUAUACUGUGCAAUAGAUAUAUUAAAUUUGAUAGCUUUUAUGAACAUUGCAGGAACAAUUUAGCGGUUGAUGCCAUAGCAACUGGUCAUUAUGCUAAUACAUCUUUCGGACCUUACUUAGAAUCUUAUAGGGAUGAUGAAAGUGUAAGACUACUUCAACCAAUUGACAAACAUAAGGACCAAACUUUCUUUUUGUCCCAAGUAAAGCAGUUUUCUCUUAGACGAUGUAUGUUUCCAUUAGCAACUUACCUUAAAAGUGAAGUAAGAGAAUUGGCAAGAAAAGAAGGCUUAUUAAAUGUUGCUAGUAAAAGGGACAGUACUGGAAUUUGCUUUAUUGGCAAAAAGAGGUUUAAAAAUUUUAUUCAAGAGUUUAUUCCUGAGAAAAAUGGACAUUUUGUUGAUAUAGACACAGGGCAGACAGUGGGAGAACACAGUGGUAUACACAAAUGGACAGUUGGUCAACGAUGUGGUCUACAAAGUUAUAAAGAUGCAUACUUUGUUUUUAAAAAAGAUUUAGAGACUAAUACUAUUUAUGUAGUUUCAGGCACUAAACACCCUUCUUUAUGGAAUAAUCUAUGUUUUACCAAAAGACCACAUUGGAUUAAUAAAGAACCCACAAGCUUAACUAGAAAUGACAUACUUAAUUGCCAAUUUAGAUUUCAACAUACUAAACCACUAGUUUCUUGUAGAGUUGUCAAUAAUUAUGAUGGUUUAACAAUUAUGUUAGACCAAAAUCUAAGAGCAUUGACAGAAGGUCAAUAUGGUGCAUUAUAUAAUGGAGAAGAAUGCCUGGGUAGUGCCAAGAUCAAAGCAAUACAUAAAAAUUUGUUUUAUUAUUGCGUUAAUCUACUUGAACCAAUACACGCUAGGCUAGUUUUGAUCAUGGUGAAAGUAUACGGUCUAGGGGUUUUGUAUAAAGGAGUGACCAGCGCCACAAUAUUAAAGGCUGCAUAUGACCUACAGAGUUUUAGCUUCUUUCAAAGAUCUUCUGUGCAAGAGUUCAUGACAUUUGUGAGUAAAACCAUUGUAGAGAGAACACAAAUAGCUUCAAGACAAUCAGUAAAGGAAGGGGAAUAUAUGGUACAAGUGUAUGUUAGAGCUGAUAAUUUAGCAGGAGUUUUGAUAUCUGACCAUGAAUACCCAAAUAGAGUAGCCCACACCUUAAUUACAAAGAUGUUGGAUGACUUCUCAGCAAAAGUACCUGCAAAUAGUUGGCCCACUGCAAACGAAACCACUGUUGAUUUUCCAGUAUUACCUCAGUAUUUAGCAAAAUAUCAAAAUCCACAAGAAGCAGAUGCCCUAACAAAGAUCCAGAAUGAUUUGGAUGAGACUAAAAUAAUUCUUCAUGAUACUAUCAAAGCAGUUUUAGAGAGGGGUGAAAAGCUUGAUGACUUAGUUGAGAAAUCUAACAGUCUUUCUAUGCACAGUAAAGCAUUCUAUAAGACUGCGCGGAAGACAAAUAGUUGUUGUAACUUUUGA